AUGUCGUAUAAUGUCUACCGAGUUGCCUAUGCAGGCUUGCCUCGUGAUCAUCACGCGAUUUUCGUCGAGAUAAAUAACGACCAGUCCGGCCAUGUCUUCCAGGUUGUCGGAGACAUCCAAAAUGGAAUGACACAUGGCCAUAAACCAGCGAAGAAGCCAGAGGAGUCGGCCACUUAUCAAGGCAAAGUUCUCAUUGGAAAAGUCUCCGCCCUAAACUAUGCUCGGGUAAAGCCAAUUUGCGACGCUGUUCCCCCUCCAAAAAAACAGUUCGAAGGGCCUCGAAGGCUUUAUCCCGAAGAACCAAUCCGACGCUGCCAGGAAUGGACAAAGGAGGCUGUUGAGGCUUUAGCAGCAGCAGGCGUGCUUGAGAAGUAA